ACAAACAGCUGGACAGUCAGACAGCAGAGCCUCCUCACUCUCCCAACAGUGUCUCCUACUUCAUCUGAUCAAACCCGAUGACUCCAACAAGGAAGUUAAGUUCUGGCAGCAGCUGUAUUCAUCUAAAGGUGUGCUCUACAGGGAGGCAAAACCUGAAGAGAAAUCAACAACUUGAGGACCUCAGCAAUGAUCUCCACUGUGAUAUGCAGCAGAGAGACGCUACAAAACGGUCAGUGCAACAGUCACAUGAGGAGCUCCGUCAGGAUCGAGCCUCGCAGGAACUCCAUUCCCCCAACGCAGACUCUCACUGCUAAACAUCUGCUGGCAUAUCUGCCCCGACCACAGACAGAAUCAGCCUGUUACACUCCUUACACCUGCAAGGCUACAGCUAAAUCUACUGUUUCUGCCAUGAUGACCACAAAAAGAGCCUCUCUCAUCCACAACUUGAACUAUGCUAAGUGCUCAUCACUCCAACCACCUCAGGAGGCUUCUCCCUCCCCGAGUCCCUGCAGCAAGUCCUCUCAUGCUCUGACUUCAGCUGAGCAAGAUCCCCCCCAACUGCACACUAUUCAAUCAGCUACCCUGGAGCUAGUAGAGGAGACGCCAAAGCCUCAGCGUUUGCAUCGCAGCAGACAUCUCAAGCGUUUCAGCUCCAGGUGGCAAUCGAGAUGCUCCGCUGGCAGCAUCAACAUGCCCGUCUCUGCGACCGAGAAGCUGCAGAGUCACAUGAAGCGCUGGAAGCUGCUGGGUGACGAGCACUCAUUGCACGUCCCUUCUAGCAAUCAGCGCCAGCGUUACGUCACUAAGGAUGGCAAGUGCAGGGUCAAUCUGGGACCUAUUGCAGACAAGAGUCGCUUUAUCUCAGAUAUUUUCACCACAUUAGUGGACCUCAAGUUUUGCUGGUUCCUUCUGGUCUUUACUAUGUGCUACAUUCUCACAUGGGUGGUCUUUGGUGGAAUUUACUUCUUCGGUGCCUGGUUGCGUGACGACAUUGCACAUGUUCACGACCCACUAUGGAAGGCAUGCUUCCACAAUGUAGACAGUUUCCUCUCCGCCCUGCUGCUGUCAUUAGAGAGCCAGAGGACUAUUGGGUAUGGCUCCAGGAUGGUGACAGCCAACUGCCCUGAGGGUACGGUGCUCCUGAUGAUCCAGUCCAUCCUUGGCUCCAUUAUCGAUGCUCUGAUGGUUGGCUGCAUGUUUGUUAAAAUUUCCCGGCCACAGCAGAGAGCCCAGACGCUGAUCUUCAGCAAGAGCUGCGUCAUAUGUGAGCGUGACGAGAAGCUGUGCAUGCUGUUCCGCAUUGGUGAUCUGAGAGCGAGCCACAUGGUGGAUGCCAAGAUUAGGGCCAAGCUCAUCAAAUCCAGGCAGACCAAGGAGGGCGAGUUCAUCCCACUGGAGCAGUCGGAAAUCAAUCUGGGCUACGACAGUGGGCAAGACCGGCUUCUCCUGGUGGAACCCCAGACCAUCACCCACAUCAUCAAUGAAAGCAGCCCCUUCUGGGAGGUGGGGUCCGAGCGUUUGAAGAGGGAGACCUUCGAGAUCAUUGUCAUCCUGGAGGGCAUCGUGGAAGCAUCGGGUAUGACAUGCCAGGCGAGGACAUCCUACACAGAGGACGAGGUCCUUUGGGGCCACCGAUUUGAGUCAUGCAUUUCCUUGGAGAAAGGGGCGUUUCGUGUGGACUACAGUGCAUUUGACAAAACCUUUGAAGUCCAAAUGUCCCCACUCAGUGCAAAAGACAGCAGCACAGCAAAGGAAAAAGAAGUGUUUUAGAAAAAUGUUGACUAAGAGUGAUUGUGAUAUUCCCUGAUAAACUAUAACAAUCAUGGGUUACUUUAGCAAUAUUAAUCUCAGAGCAGCCCUAAUUUAUGUUGUUCUAUUGUAUGUGUAAU